GUUUGUAAUUAAUUGAAAUUGAAAGAGAAGAGUAAAUUAAUAAAAAUUAGCAUUAAAAUAAUUAGAUAAAUAUAUGAGUUUUAUAACGAGGCAAUCGGGAUCUUUUUUUUGAACGAGAAGGAUAAGCAGCCAUUGAUUCUUGUCUACGAGAGUACCCCUACAACUGUAAAAUAUUCCUCUCUCUGACUCCGACCAUACACCACCGGUGAUUCUGCCCGGAAUCUUUUCUUUGGUGACCACAAAAAGCGUACUCGUGCGUACUCUAGUUUCCUCCGUCUCGCCUUCGCAGCCUAAAAUCCACUGUUCCAAAAAUCUUCUGAAUCAGAAAAAUUUCUUAGGAAACUAAGGAUUAGACGAUGAUAAAACGAUCCAGUAACUGCGCUAUUUGCGAGAAUACAAAUCGAGCUUCUAUCUGUAGCGUUUGCGUUAAUCAUAGAGAUUCUUUGUAUACAAAGCUGAGUGAGCUUUUGGAAGCUAAGGGAAAAGCUGAUUAUCAGAAGAAUUGGAGAUUGCUUCAAAAUGAGAAGCUUUCGAAUUUGAAGAAUAAACUUAGGAGAAUCAAGGAACAAGUGACUCAAGGGAAGGCUAAGAUUGAAAGAGAAUCUCGUGAUCUCAAACUUAAAUAUGGAGUCCUUGAUUCAGCUCGCUCCACGCUGGAAAAAAUUAGAGUUGAACAAGUGGAGAAGUAUUUUCCCAAUCUUAUAUGUACGCAGAGCCUUGGCCAUAUGGCAAUCUCAUCUGAACGCCUUCAUAAACAGUCUGUGGUUGUGAAACAAAUAUGCAAAUUGUUCCCUCAGCGUCGAGUUAGUCUUGAUGGAGAGAGUCAGAAUGGUGCAGUUGGUCAGUAUAAUCUCAUUUGCAAUUCACGUCUCCCGAAAGGUCUGGACCCUCAUUCAAUCCCAUCAGAAGAGCUCACUGCGUCUUUGGGGUUGAUGGUGCAGCUUCUGAACCUAGUUGUUCACAACUUAGCCGCUCCUGCACUCCAUAGCUCAGGUUUUGCGGGCUCUUGCUCGCGCAUAUGGCAGCGAGAUUCCUAUUGGGACGCACGUCCUUCUACUCGAAGCAACGAGUACCCUCUCUUCAUACCGCGCCAAAACUAUUGUUCAACCGGCGUUGAAAACUCAUGGACAGAUAAAAACUCGAGCGAUUUCGGCGUUGCUUCAAUGGAAUCCGAUAGAAAAGAAGCGCGACUGAACUCUACGGGAAGCAACAGCUUUAAUUACUCCUCUGCUUCUCCUCAUUCAGUUGAGUCACACAGAGAUUUGCAGAAAGGCAUAGCUCUUCUCAAGAAAAGCGUUGCUUGCUUGACGGCGUAUUGCUACAAUUCGCUUUGCCUUGAAGUACCUCCCGAGGCCUCGACUUUCGAAGCAUUUGCCAAGUUAUUGGCUACGCUUUCCUCGUCGAAGGAGGUCCGAUCAUGCAAGCAAGCUCAACAACUCAACAAAUCCAUUUGGAGUGCUCACUCUGUCAUCUCAAGCUCCAUUCUGGAAAGCGCCCAUCUUCCGAGGAACUUAAGCUAUAACCAGGAUCCGAACACAGCAGCAAGUUAUCUCUCUGCAACUGAAUCAUCAGAGAUUCGGAAGAACAACGAUACGAACGGAUGGGAUUUGGUGGAGCAUCCGAAAUACCCGCCACCACCAUCACAGUCAGAGGAUGUUGAGCACUGGACUCGUGCUAUGUUUAUUGAUGCCAGGAAAAGAUGACGAGUUGGUUCUUUCUUGUUGAAUGAUGCGAAACCUUUGGUAUAUAGUCUUACAAUGUACAGAAACACAUAUCACCGGUAGAUUCUUGUUUCAGGGAUAGAUUCGGUUUUUAAGCCUCUAUAUAUCUGAACUUUCAUUUAAGUCAAAAGUUGGGUUCGACAUUUUUUGGGGUACCUUUUCUAGUUUGGAUCGAAUUCGGUUUCAGAUUUUCAAAUAUACUAGAUUAUAACUUCGCGCCUGCCUG